AUGGAACAUUAUGUAAAACGAUAUCAGAAACUGCCUACCUCUAAAUUGCACAGGUUGUCCCACGACUCCUCCAGCUACAUCAGCAACUUGUAUGAGGCCAGCGUCAUAAACUUUGGCCACCAGAGGGCCACAAGCUUCUUUCGCCGUGAACCUGACCCUGUACCUCCACUCGUCAACCUUCUCCACGUGACUCCUUAUGGACCUCUUGUCCCUCACUACAUCCGCUGUGACCUCUCCAGGUACGCCACAAGCAUGACAGUCGAGGUCCACCACGUGAGGUACCAGAGGCAAAGCGCCCUCUAGGCCGGUAACUCGUACGCCGCUGGGGUCGAAGACAGAACACGUGAAUGGGCCACCCUGUAG